AUGGCGCACGGCAACAACACGCGCGUCAACAUCGCCGUCGGCGGCUGGACCGACUCGGUCUACUUCUCGGGCGCGGUCGCGACCUCGUCCCGGCGCGCCAAGUUCGUCCAGUCCAUCGUCGACAUCGUCAACAAGUACGACCUCGACGGCGUCGACAUCGACUGGUGCUACCCGGGCACCAACGGCGCCGACGGCAACCAGGUCUCGAGCUCCGACACGGCCAACAUGCUCAAGUUCCUGCAGGCGCUCCGCGCCGCCCUGCCGCAAAAGCUCCUGUCGACCUGCACGACCCAGUCGGCCUACGUCGGCGCCGACGGCAGCCCGCUCACCGACGUGAGCGCGUUCGCCAAGGUCCUCGACCACAUCCUUGUCAUGAAUUAUGACGUCUGGGGCGCCUCCUCGACGCCCGGCCCCAACGCUCCUCUGCGCGACGACUGCCCGGGCAGCCUGCAACCCGGCGCCAACAUGCAGUCGGCGAUCGACACGUGGACCAAGGCGGGCAUGCCGGCGAGCAAGAUCCUCAUGGGCAUCCCGGCCUACGGCUAC